AUGGGUUCAUCUUUCUUUGCUUUCGUGGCUAUCUUCUCGACAUUUCUCAGAAUUUCAAUCACGGAGCCAACAGACAAUGGUACCCUGGAAAUCGACUGUGGACGGCGUCAGCAACAAGAUAUUGUAUCAGAACGAAUCGUUAAUGGUACCGCAGCACAUCCUGGCCACUGGCCGUGGGUGGUGGGGCUGUAUACUUCUAAUGACACAUUAUAUUGUGCUGGCGUUUUAAUAAGCAGCCAGUAUGUGUUGACUGCUGCUCAUUGUUAUAAAGACAAGAACAGUACGGGCUUUCUUUCCGUUCGUCUGGGAAGUACGAACCGAACGAAUUUCACUGUAGAUUGUCACCGAAACGUAGAGAAAAGUCAGAAUCUAGAACUAAGUGACACAGCAGUCAGGCAUGAGGAGCCGGAAGACAAGGUCAUUUGCGUGGAGGUUGAGGACGUCUGUAUCCCCGUCCAGGGCAACAACUGUACGGAGUUCAUGAUAGACCUUGCACUAUUAAAAUUAAAAAGACCUGUCAAUUUUACAAAACACAUUCAGCCAAUCUGCCUUCCGUCAAACUGCGAAGAAACGCCUUCAGAUGUUAGCAUGUAUGGUGUUGGCUGGGGCAGAGUUUAUGACGACUAUACCUUUUCUAACGAGACUUCUGAUGAAACAACAGACACAACGGCUGAAUAUUUGUACGAAUAUUCAGAAAAUCCAACAGAGAAUGAAACGUACGGCACCUCAGAGUCGGAAGCAGAUAGCAUUCUGUCAUAUUAUGACCCAGACAUGUUGAUGGCAAGAAAUAUAUCCACUCUUACUAAUAAGGAAUGCACACGUCAGCUUGAAAAAAGUGUUCCAAAUUACAUCCUUUGCUCCGCUGGUGGAAUAUGUUAUGGGGACAGCGGGGGACCUUUGAUGUACCAAAAAGAAGGGCGGUGGUUUCUUGCUGGUAUUAAUUCUGCUCUACGCGGUAAUUGCACUCACCCAGUUCAGCCCGCGAUACAUGUCAGGGUAUCACACUUUGUCGACAGCUUUAUUUUGAACUUCAUGCAACAACAUGAGGAGUCUCAAAAAGUAAGGACAAAUGGCUUGUGUGCCAGGGAUGAGGAUCGUAAAAGAUGUGUAAGAGAGUUUUUUAACUCUUACAACAGGUCAGUACACGAUGAAAUCAGUGAAGUAAACUAA